UACAAGAAACAGUGUCAUCCACAACAAUGACUGUUUCAAUGGCAAAUUCAACGACAACAUCCCUUGCCUCAUCAGUAGCUACACUGGAUAUUACGACUUUACGUCCCGCUUCGUCCACACCCGGAACAACAGCUGCACCAUCAGCAGCGCCAACGACAUCAUCUGCUGCAGAUACUACAUCAGUGUCUUUGACACCCAAGGCGAUAACAUCAGAAACCUCACCACCAUCGACAUCAGCUCCCAGAGUUCCAACAUCCAUAUCUACAAAACUUGAGGCAGUUACACCAGAAACCCCACGAACAUCGACAUCAACUACUGCAGUUCCAACAUCCCGAUCUACAAGACCUGAGGCAGUUACACCAGAAACCCCACCAACGUCGACAGCAACGACUGCAGUUCCAACAUCCCGAUCUACAGGACUCGAGUCGGUUACGCCAGAAUCCCCACCGACAACAUUGCUUGGCACUUCGUCAGCGUCGUCAACAACUGAAACAACUUCAACACCAUCACCUACAACUGACACCUCUACUUCGGCUGUUCCUACAACAACACCAGAACCAUGUCCUCCUGGUGCUGCUCAUCUUACAUCGGAGUCAGUGUGUGUGAGGAUGUUUAAUGGUACUCGUCAAUGGAUUUCAACAAAGGCAGUUUGCAGAAGCGAAACUUUCAAUAGCAACACAUUCAGAAUGAUUACAUUCAAAACUAAAGAAAAGUAUGAUGAAAUAGUCGCAUAUCUUACCCAGAAAAACGCAACGGCUGACGGGAUAUGGGUUGGUUUAACCCGUAAAUCUGGUGCAUGGCGAUGGGAAGAUGGCACCGAAGCACAGUACCUUCCCUGGGAUCCAACAGAAUCGAACAGUACCUCAGAGAAGUGUGGUGUAAUCUACAAACCUACCCACUGGACACUGCAUAAUAACCACUGUAAUAGACCAUGGAGCGCGAUGUGCGAGGUAUCGGCUCGCUGAAUCCCUUCAUCAGAAUCCCAGCUUUCAAUUAAUUGUCAUUAAUGAUAACUUUACAAAGGGUGGUUAUCUAGGAGUGAGUGAGUUAGGUUUACGCCGCUUCCAGCAAUAUUUCAGAAAUAUCAUAGCGGGGGACAGUAGGAAUGGCUUUACUCAGUGUACCCAUGUAGGGAAUCGAACCUGGUUCUUUGGAGUGGUGACGUGCGAACGCUUUACCACUAGGCUAACCCAUCGCCCCUGGACUAUUUGAUGAAGGUUAUCUGUUUGUAUUUAUAUACAGUACUGUAGAUAUGGAAUUUUCGUUUAUUGUUAAACCUCCGUGGACACACGUGUCAGGGGAACAUAUAGUGCACACACAAGAACCAGUAUAAGUCCUAUGACCUGAGACGACUAAUCAUUCUUUCAUGAAUUUUCUUCUGAAAUGUCCGAAAUAUUUUCUUACUGAAUCAACCAUCACGUAUUCAAAUAUCUACACCUGGCGUAUCCCCAUUUUCCCUGAUCCCUGGUAUUCUGUAUCCAGAGAAUGAUGUUUGACACAAUACACAUGCAUUGUAAUAUAUUAUUUGUAACGUUAUUAUAAUUUUCCAGCUUGUAUAUGUUUUGUUUGUUUUGUUUCAUAUCGAAAAAUUGUUCCUUGGUUCUGUCAACGAUGGUUUGCAUGAAAGUAUAAAUUUAAUUCACCUGACACUUUAUGAAUACAAGACACUUUACACUAAAACAUGCCUUGUGUUCAUAUUCUUCCAACUUCUAAAUGUCGGCCAAAGAUUUCAAGAACACCAAUGUCUUGAUGAUAUCAACUGUCAGCAAAACGCAUCAGUAAGGGAAUAUGUACCACAUAUGAAAACAUUUUGCAUUUGUAACUGUGACGGGGUUGAUAAGCGCAAACGUCAUGAAUGACUGCUCGUGAUAUCAGUCAGUAGUUUGUCAGUUCCUGGGAUAUAGCGCUGGGUUAGUUAAGGAACAAACAUAGUCA